AUGGUCGUGCAUCGGAUUCCCACAGAGAAUUUCGAUCUGGAAACCUAUAACGCCCGAGCGAUGGAGAAAGGUAUCGCAGAGAACGAUCUGACAGAACGGAGCUACCACAUUGAGGAGGUAGCAUGGCUCAGGAGAGCGGACAAGGCCUUCGGGAAGUUUGCUUCACUUGGGGUCUGGUUCGACUCUGCUGCGGGAGCGGAACACGUCCUUAACUAG